AUGAGGCCACCUCCUGGCCUAGAGAACAUAGUUAAACCAGGGAAUGUGCUAAGGCUAAAGAAGGCAAUAUAUGGCUUGAAGCAAUCUCCAAGAGCCUGCCAGCAAGGUAUUGUAGUCAUCUUGGUAUAUGUUGAUGAUAUUAUCAUCACUGGUAGCAACAAGGAAGGUAUCAUCUCAACUAAAACUUUUCUUAAAAAUGCCUUUGAUAUUAAGGAUUUGGGAGAAUUAAAGUACUUCCUAGGGAUUGAAAUAUGUCGAUCUAAAGAGGAGCUCUUCUUAUCCCAAAGGAAGUACACACUUGACAUUUUAAAUGAGGCAGGAAACCUUGGAAGUAGACAAGCCAAGACACCAUUGGAAGAAGGCUACAAGGUACUGCGAGAAGGGGAGUAUGAAGCCACUCCUUUUGAAGAUGUCAAGAAGUAUAAAAGAGUGGUUGGGAAGCUCAUAUACCUUACAAUCACUCGCCCAGAUGUUUGCUUUGCUGUGAAUCAAGGGAUGAAGCCAUUUUGA